AUGCAAGGUGCCGGGGAGAUGCCGGGGCCCGGAGAAACACCGGACCCGGAAGAGGCACUGCUGGCGACCAUCCUGAAAACUGGCGGGACGAGGAUUGUUGAGGACUACAUCUGCAACUCGCUCGUGAAGGAGCAGUGGGACGAGGAGCAGACACGCCGUAUGGAGGAGAUGUACAGGCGCGAGAUGCAGGAGGUGUUGGGCCCGGAACAGCAGGCGUUCGGGGCCGAGCUAAGGUCGAAGAGAGAUGACGAGCCCGCGGUGGAUAAGCCUGUGAGGGAGGCGAUCGGAUGCCUGAUGUGGACGAAGCUGACGAGGCCAGACAUCGCCCUGCCUCUGAACAAGCUCCAGAAGAUCGCUCACACACCCACCGGGAGGAUAUGGAACGCGCUUGUGCGGAACAUGUCCUACCUGAAGUUCACGAAGGACUUCGGCAUCACCUACCUACGGGGGUCAGGACUAGACCUAAGCGUGUUUGUCGAUGCCAGCUACGCUGACAACGAAGUAGACAGGCGUUCUACAACCGGGCUAGCUGGCGUGAAGGAGGCGUUAUUUGUGCGUGGCGUUCUGUCGUUCAUAGCGCCCGAGACGAGUGGGGCGAAGAUCAAGGUCCUUGAGGACAACAAGGGGGCUCUCGCCUUAAUCGAGAACCCGUUCAGCUCAGCGAGGAGCAAGCACAUCGACGUGCGGUUCCAUUUCAUCCGCGAGCUAUUCAAGUCGGGCAAGAUCCCUGCAGAGUAUGUUCCGACUGGAGAGCAGCACGCCGACAUGCUGACUAAGGUCCUUGGCAGAGAGAAGUUAGAGUACCACCGGAAGGCUCUGAUGAACCUACCGAUGUAG